GUAGUUCCGCCAUUUUGUAUUUAACAAGUUGGUAAGAACACAUGUACAUACAAUAUCUUAUAUUAAGAAAUGUCAGAACAUUUGAAAGGUUAAUAAUUUGUGCUUAAUGUAAUAGGAAAGGAUAAUAGACAUAUUUUCAGUCAGAAUGACGCAAGAUCAAACGAUUAUGACGAAGAUACAGAAGGUCGAAGAUACGUUAAAUGAAUCUAUGUAUAAACUAGAUGUGUUGAAAAAAAGACUCAAAACAAAAUUACUCACAAUGGAAACUCGUGAAGAAUUGGAAUCAAAACUGGAGGAAAUUCAGGAGGUAACCAGCAGAUCCGGCAUAAUCAUCGUUACACAGAUAAAUAAUCUCAGAAGUCAUCCCAGGAUCAAGAGAAACACAUUUCUACACUUAGUACUUCCGGGUGAACUGAAAAUAAGGUUUCACGGUUGCAUAGUUGAAUUCAUGAUCCACGUAGAAAUUUCGUUGGUCGCUCACGGUUUUCUUUUCGCGGCACUGAAACAUUUCGUCAUGAAAUCAUAAUCGCGCGAAGAAAAGUAAACUGCGUAUAAGAGAAUUUCAUUUAUCUGGAUUUGGAAACAGUUAGUUAAGUUUAUUCGUUAGCGUAUGACUCGUCCAUGAUCGAAGGAAUGUUUAAAAAA